CAACAGUAAACGAAAACUUCUAUCUUAUCCGGCCAUUGACACUUGACAGGAAAGCUUAGGCUCUUUGGUUUGGUUGUUUUGAGACAAAAUACGAUGGAAGAAUCAUCCUCAUCCUCCAACACAGGAAAGCUCGAUGCCCCACUUGAUGCGAUUGGUUUCGAGAUUGAAGAGUUGUCCCCUCAUAAGGUCACCGGCCGCCUUCUUGUUACCCACAAGUGCGUUCAGCCAUUCAAGGUGUUGCACGGCGGAGUAUCCGCUCUGAUCUCGGAGGCGCUGGCCAGCAUGGGGGCCCACAUGGCUUCCGGAUUUCAAAGAGUCGCUGGUAUUCACCUUAGCAUCAGUCAUCUGAAACGUGCAGAGCUUGGCGACCUUAUCCUCGCUGAAGCUUCUCCUCUCAACCUUGGCAAGACCAUUCAGGUGUGGGAGGUACAGCUCUGGAAGGUUGAUCCUUGUGACAGAGGAAGCAAAUGCAAAUCCUUGGUUUCAUCAUCCAGGGUUACUCUUCUAUGCAAUAUGCGUGUGCCCGAGCAUGCAAAAGAUGCUGCAGACAACCUCAAAAAGUAUGCAAAACUAUGAACUCUGCUAUACGUCUAUAUGUAGUUGCAAAUGCAACUAUGAUAAAACCCUACUGCAGAUAGUGCAUUUCCGGUUUACUUCUAUAUAUGCUUAUUCCCCCUCGCCUAUUAUGAUGCUUUGAUAAAUGUGAGCUAAGAAACUUGCACUCAUUGAUGUGAUUAUCAUAAACUGUCAUUAUAAGUUCAUCUAGAUAAUUAAGCCAAA